AUGGAGACCGCACAGAACCUUGUAAUACGCAACGGGUUAGUCAUAGACAGAUCCCAAAAUAUCAGUCAAGUAGCUAACGUGUACAUCGCCAACGGACGGAUCGCUGGGAUCGGGGAACCCCCUGAUAGAGGGAUCCAAUUUGAAUCGUUUGAUGCGUCAGGGUGUGUUGUGACUGCCGGCCUAGUGGACUGUCAAGUGCAUGCCUACGAGUACGUCACUCCGUUGGGAGUCAACAUCGACAGGACCUGCUUGUCCAAAGGGGUGACAACUUUGGUUGAUGCUGGCAGUGCCGGCUCAUCAACAUUCCCUGGUUUGAGGAAAUUCAUCGCUGAGAGAAGUAAAGCUCAUCUGUACUGUUUCCUGCACAUAGCACAACAUGGGCUGGCUUCAGCUGGCUGUGUGACCACUGGUUCAGGAGGCGAAUGUGACUCUCUAAACGUUGUCAAUGUGCAGGAUUGUGUCAGGGUCAUCAAUGAGAACAGGGACAUGAUUGUCGGGAUCAAGGUGCGACUAGCAGCUGCUGUCUGUGAUGAUGGCAAGAAUGAAGAAGAAGUCUACAGGAGAGCUCUUGAAGCUGCUAACAUCUGUCAAGUUCCGUUGAUGACCCAUCAUGCUAUGUCCACUAUUGGACAUGGAGGUAAACUUGGUUGCCCUGGAAGUUUGAGGACAGGAGACAUCUACACUCAUUGCUUUCAUGGCUACAAUUCUUUGUUGGAUCCAGAGACAGGCAAGGUUGACAGUCACUGUGUGGAUGCCAAGAGCAGAGGAGUGUUGUUUGAUGUGGGACAUGGACAAGGAUCGUUUUCAUGGAUUGUAGCUGAACAGUGUGCAACAGAGGGUUUCUGGCCAGACAUCAUCAGCACUGACUUGCACAGUGACAGCAUAAAUGGUCCAGCAUAUGACCUUCUGUGUGUGAUGACCAAAAUGCUACAUUUAGGCAUGCCUUUAGAAGAUAUAGUAGCAGCAGUGACGUCGACACCAGCUACAGCUAUAGGUUUAACAGGAACAUCAGCAGACAUCACUGUGUUGAAAGUUGAGGAGGGUUCAGAAAACUUAGAAGAUUCUUGUGGUGACCUGAGGCUAAUAACCAAAAUGUUUGUGCCUGUUGCAGUAUUUAUUGGUGGUGAGAGAUGCCCCACCAGUGCAGAGAAAAGCUGGCCAAAUCCUAGCUGUGCUGCAGAGUGCAGAGCUAGAGUAGCUAAAAAUAAGGAAACAAAAUAA